GUGUACCUAUUCCUCGUCGUCAUUCUCCCCACCACAUCAACCUCCUCCUCCUCCUCAGACCACGUCAUCCCAACCCUAAACCCGUCCUCAUCAAACGACACCGUUUACAAGGUCUCCAAGCAGCUCUGCUUUCGCUGCGCGGCCGAGUCGUUAGAAUUCCUCUUCUACCACAACCUUGUCCGCGCGUCCAAGUGGGAGCUCCCAUUGGCGUGGGACUUCCAGCUUGAAAAGUACGCGCGGUGGUGGGCCGGUCAGAGGAAAGGCGACUGCCGGCUGGAGCAUUCGUUCCCCGAAGGAGGGUUCCAGCUGGGAGAGAACAUUUAUUGGGGGAGCGGCGGCGGGUGGCGUCCCGUCGACGCCGUGGGCGCGUGGGCGGACGAGGAGAAGUACUAUGAUUAUGCGGCGAACAGCUGCGCGGAUGGGGAGGUGUGCGGGCAUUAUACGCAGAUUGUGUGGAGGAAGACUACUCGCGUAGGGUGCGCGCGUGUGGUUUGCGACGGCGGGGAUGUUUUCAUGACGUGUAAUUACGAUCCUCCCGGGAACUAUGUCGGGGAGCGGCCGUAUUGA